UUCUAUGAAAUGGCAAAGAAGCAUGUUGGAAACAAGAUGCAUGCUGUUAUCUAUCAUAUGACUUAUAGAUUGCACUAAUUUCGGCUUCUCGGGUUUGCGUUAACAAAAUUUGAUUAUCACAACGUCAUUUAAUGACUUCUACAUUGACUCCCAUCUAAACAAGUUUAAUAAAGACAUGCUUAUUAUAUAAUAACCUGAAUGUUGAUCUCCCUCUCGAGUAAACAACACAACACACAUAUAGAAGUAUUAACAAAGAAGCUGGCAUUUUUAGUUUCUUGAAUCUUAUCAUAGCCAGUGGGCUGGAUCAGUUUUGGUCCAAAUCUACAUUUUAACCCAUUUUGUACCUGAUGGACCUAAUGUUAUGUCAAAAUUUGGUGGCCCAUUGUGAUUUGUGGGUAUUCUCAGUACUAACAACAGAAGAUGUGGGGUUAGAUUUGGAAGCUAAGGUCUCAAAUACUUGUAUCAUCUUAUCUCUUCAUGUCUUAUUGAUAUACCAUCAUCUCUUGUAUGAGUCUCUACCACACAUUUGUUCAAUGCAUUUGAACCAUAAUUUUCACCUCUUUUAUCAUACACACAACUAUUUGUGGCAACUAAGUUAUGGCAUAUACUCUAGCUAUAUAUUUGCAAGCAAUUGUGAUCCUACCUCUUUAGUUGCAGGCUACAGUUGAUUAGAACCAACCAUGGCCUCUCAUGCAGCUCUAGCUCCUUCUAGAAUCCCUGCUAGCACUAGGCUUCCUUCUAAGACUACUCAACAACACUCCUUCCCUUCUCAAUGCUCCUUCAAGAAACUUGAAGUUGCUGAUUUCAAUGGCUUGAGAUCUAGCAACUGCGUCACUUUUUCACGCGAGGCAUCUUUUCACGAUGUUGUAGCUGCUCAGCUUACUCCCAAGACUACAGCAGGAACUCCUGUUAAGGGUGAAACAGUAGCCAAACUUAAGGUGGCAAUUAAUGGAUUUGGACGCAUUGGUAGGAACUUCCUUAGGUGCUGGCACGGCCGCAAGAACUCUCCCAUCGAAGUUGUUGUUGUUAAUGACAGCGGAGGUGUCAAGAAUGCUACACACUUGCUCAAGUACGAUUCCAUCUUAGGCACUUUUAAGGCUGAUGUCAAAAUUGUAGACAAUGAGACAUUCUCUAUUGAUGGCAAGACUAUCAAGGUCGUCUCAAACAGGGAUCCACUUCAACUCCCUUGGGCUGAUCUUGGCAUUGAUAUUGUUAUUGAGGGAACUGGAGUUUUCGUGGAUGGUCCUGGUGCUGGAAAACACAUUCAAGCUGGUGCCAAGAAAGUUAUCAUCACUGCUCCAGCAAAGGGUGCUGAUAUCCCAACCUAUGUUGUUGGAGUGAAUGCGGGAGACUACACUCAUGAUGUUUCAAACAUCAUCAGUAAUGCGUCUUGCACCACCAACUGUCUGGCUCCUUUCGUCAAGGUCCUCGAUGAAGAAUUGGGCAUUGUGAAGGGAACAAUGACCACCACUCACUCCUACACUGGUGAUCAGAGGCUGUUGGAUGCUUCCCACAGGGACUUGAGGAGAGCCAGGGCGGCAGCACUAAACAUUGUCCCAACCAGCACUGGUGCAGCCAAGGCUGUGUCCCUUGUCCUUCCCCAGCUUAAGGGCAAGCUGAAUGGCAUUGCCCUCCGUGUCCCAACCCCUAAUGUGUCAGUUGUUGAUCUUGUUGUCAACGUUGCUAAGAAAGGUAUCACAGCCGAGGAUGUAAAUAACGCCUUCAGGAAGGCAGCAGAAGGUCCAUUGAAGGGUGUAUUGGAAGUGUGCGACAUCCCUCUUGUGUCUGUGGAUUUCAGGUGCUCCGAUGUCUCAUCUACCAUUGACUCAUCUCUCACAAUGGUCAUGGGUGAUGAUAUGGUUAAGGUUGUUGCCUGGUACGACAAUGAAUGGGGUUACAGCCAACGGGUGGUAGAUUUGGCACACCUUGUAGCAGCCAAGUGGCCGGGGAUGGAGGCAGCAGUCGGAAGUGGAGACCCAUUGGAGGAUUUCUGCAAGGACAACCCUGCUGAUGAAGAGUGCAAAGUUUACGAGUAGAUAUCGAUGCCACUGUUUCCGAUUCUUUUUGGUUUAUUGGCAUUUGGCCUAUUACAAGGCUGUACAAUUUCUUUCUGUAACACAAUUGCUUAAAGUUGUUAUUUGUAAAUUGCUUGCAACCAAGGUAACAGGAGUAUAAAUGAGGCUAAAUAAAUCUCACCCACUUAUUUCA